CUUGAUGACGUAGUGCGUAAUGGCCGCUGUGCGCUGCGGAGUCCCAUUAUUUCCUCUGCCAUAGCGGCUAAAUUAACGCUGUCAUUGUUGAGCUGUAGCCCGUAAACACGCAGCAGCAGACGGAGAGAAGACGUCCUAACGAAGCGCUGCCGUCUUUAAGCACCUCCGGCUCGGCCAGAACAUUCUUUAAUGGAUUCUCCUGAAAGUCCUACGCAGUCUCCCCAGUCUCCGGAGGAGGAGGAGGAGAAGGCGCUGUCUGACUCUGAGCUGCUGGAUUCUUCUGAUGAAGAGGACGACAGGAUCGUCUCUGGCAGCAAGAUUGUCCAUGAAGAGGAAAAUGGGGGUUUGUUGGAGGAGGAUGAAGAGGAGGACGAGGAGCGGGUGGUGGGAAGCAGAAGAAGAAGAAGUUUGGGAUCAGAGGAGUUGGAAGAAGAGGACGAGGUGGUCCCAGACUUUGUCUCAGACCCGGAGGAUGAAGAACCUGUAGGUAUGGGACAGGAGGAUGAGGCCAUUGUGAUGAUGGAGGGAGAAGAAGAUGAGGGGGUAGAUGGAGAGGAAGAGGACAGGGUCAUUGACACGCCACAGUCUCCAGACUUUGAACCAGAACAGGUCAAGCACUUCAAUGAUGAAGACAAUGGAGAUGAUAAGAAGGACAGGGAUGGUGGCUACAGGAAGGACACUUCAGCUGAGCCCGAGACAGCUGAGAUGGAUGAAGAGGAAGAGGAAGAGAGGAGAGGAGCUGUCCCUGUGAAGGAGACGAAGGACGACCCGGCCUCUGUUUCCCGGGAGCUGGACGAGCACGAGCUGGAUUAUGACGAGGAAGUCCCAGAGGAGCCCAGCAUCCCUGCACACGAGGAAGAGGAGGAGGAGGAUGCCGAGGAGGAGGAGAGCGAUGACAAGAGCAGCAAGAAGAAGGAGAAGAAGCCAAUUCUUCCGCCAUCCCCCGAGUUCAGCGAGUCCAGGAGAACAGAUGAGUCGAAAGGGCCGGACAGAGCAAGCAGAAAGAGGGAUGAGGAUGACGGAGAGAUAGACGAAGGAGAGAUUGAUGAUGACGAUCUGGAGGAAGGGGAGGUUAAGGAUCCCUCGGACAGGAAGAUCAGACCACGUCCCAUCUGCAGGUUCUUCAUCAAAGGAAAUUGUACCUGGGGCAUGAACUGCAGGUUCAUUCACCCAGGAGUCAACGACAAAGGAAACUAUUCCCUCAUCAGUAAACCAGAUCUCUUUUCACCAAAUGGAGCGGCCCCUAGUGGACCACUACCACUCAUACCCAACAAUCCCUGGGCGGGGCCUGCAGUGGAGGAGCUCCCCCCACCCCCUCCACCAGUGGAGCCCCCAGUGGAGAGUGCAUGGGAGCGCGGCCUGAGGCACGCCAAAGAGGUGCUGAAGAAGGCAACCAUCCGUAAGGAGCAGGAGCCAGACUUUGAGGAGAAACGCUUCAACGUGACCAUCGGUGAGGACGAGAGAGAAUUCGACAAAGAGAACGAUUUCCUCAGAGAACGCUACCGCAUCGUCAGAGAUGAAAUGGACUUCAGAGAUCCUUUAUAUAGUGACCCGUAUAACGACUCGUACUAUGACUAUGAAAUGGAGGCGCUGUGGCGAGGAGGCCAGUAUGAAAACUUCCGAGUGCAGUACACAGAAGCUCCACUCCCUUACCACUACAACGAACGUGAUCACAUCCGCGACCCCCAGGACCGCCACAGGGACCGAGAGCGCGAGAGAGAUCACCGCGAGAGGGAGCGCCGGCAGAGAGAGAGGGAGCGAGAACGAGAGCGAGAGCGCGAGAAGGAGAGAAUGCGGCGGAAAGAAGAGUGGGAGAGAGACCGGAUGAAGAGAGACGACAAAGACAGGCCAAGGAUGCGACCUCCUCGAGACGCCAGGGAGAAGAAAGACGAGGACAAGCUGAAGCCACGCUCUCCGCUCGACUUACCACCAAACAGGCCAAUGGAGCCGCCCUCAAAGAAGGACAUGGUUCCAUUAAUGCGGCGGCCCGAUGAGUGGAAGGACCCGUGGCGGCGGUCCAAAUCCCCCAGGAGACGCCCGGGGCUGGGCUCUCCUCCCCGAGGACGCCGGCGACACCGACCCUCCGGCUCCUCCGUCUCUCUGUCCAACUCCUCCAGGUCGUCUUCUCACUCUUCAUCCUACACAGGCUCUGGAUCUUCUCGCUCACGCAGCCGCUCCUCCUCGUUCAGCUCCUACUCCAGCCACUCCUCUCAGCGCAGCUCCUUCAGUGGCAGCCGCUCCAGGUCUCGGUCGUUCUCCACGUCUCCCUCACCGAGUCCAGCAGCACCGAGGAAUGCGAAGAACAAACCAGAACCUGCUCCUGCGUUAAAUAAAGGGAUGCCGCCAAAGCCCGGUGCCAUUCCGCCUCCUCGUCGGGAAAAAGCUUCCAUGAAAAAAGCUCCCAGUCCUCCUCCCCCUGCUGGACCACAGGGCAGACCCCCCAAACCUGUGCCAGAGGGAAGCAAACCCCCCACCAAUCCACGGGAGGGCGGAGGACCAGGAGGCGGGGCCAGCAGCAGCACAGCGGGAAGACCCCCAGUGCCGCGAGAACCAGGAAAACCCCCCAAUCCACGGGAAGGAAGGCAGAAAGAGAGGCAGCAACAUCCUCCGCAGAGGCGAACUGUGAGUGGCAGUGUCAGUGGGAGUGGCAGCAGUUUUACUGGCUCCAGCUCCAGGUCCAGGUCCAGAUCCUCGUCCAACUCACUUUCACGCUCCGGAUCCAGGAAAUCCAGAAAAUCAAGGUAUGAACCUCACUUCACAUUAAAGAAGCUGAAAAAUGACAGAAGAUCACUGAGUGUGAGCAGCGUGUCGUCGGUGUCGUCUGCAUCGUCCAGCAGUAGCUCAGCACGCAGUGCCGACUCAGACGACAUGUAUGCCGACCUUGCCAGCCCGGUGUCGUCUGCCAGCUCCCGCUCGCCUGCACUCAAUCAUCCCCGCAAGGAGCGAGGAGCGGCACGGGAGCAGCCUUCACACGGAAGAGACAAAAACAGGGAGCGACCGUCGAAGAAGGACGAACCUUUCCGCGAUGAUCGCAGGAAGCUCGUUCCUUCUGGAGCGCCACCUAGAGGAGGCCAUGCCAUGUCCAGGUCAGGUCCUGGGAGUCGGGGGGGCCACCCUGGACACACCCCUGCAGGCAACAUGGGCCCCCCAGGAAGCUAUGGAGGUUCAGGUUCCCACAAAGACAUCAAACUCACCCUCCUCAACAAGCAGCAGGCGGAUAAAGGCAACAGGAAGAGAUACCUGCCGUCAGACAAAGACAGACCAGGUUCUCCUGCCAGUAAGAGGAUGGCCGUCUCUCCAGACAGAGGUCGUGAGAAAAAGAUGGUGGGUCGGCCCCCACUUUCUCCUCGUAUGGAUCGGCCCAGAGGGCAGGGGCCAAGACCUUUGCCCCCUCAUGGAGACAGGAAACGCCCUCUCUCUCCGCCUCCUAAAUCCUCGGGGAAAACUUCAGCGACACCGGCACCAGGUAAACCGGCCCCUCCUGGUCCUGGUCCUGGUCCUGGUCCUGGUCCUGCUUCUGCCGCCGGCUCCAACAAACCCAGCAACACGCUGUCCCGCCGCGAGGAGCUGCUGAAGCAGCUGAAGGCCGUGGAGGACGCCAUCGCCCGCAAGCGAGCCAAGAUUCCCGCCAAAUAGAAGGCGGGGCCGUGAGACCGUUUUCCCGCCGUCAGUGGACGUGUAAAAAAACAUUUUGUUCGGCUCUCGCCGCAAAAAAAUCAAAUAAAAAACAAAACAAACUGCUCUGUUUGGCUCCGCCCCCCGAGCCCCCGGACGUCCUGCGAGAGCGAGCGGGUGGGCGUGGCCGAGGGAGGAGCAUCACGGAAGAGCACUGAAGCAUCGCCCUCGGGAUUUGUACACGUAAUUGUCUACGACUUCUGUCUCUUGCCCCGCCCCUUUCAUGGUCUGGUCCUCACGUUUGCGUUUGUUUCCUGCUUCGACCGCGACUUUGUAUAAAUCCUGUAAACGAACGCAAGCUCGUUUGUUUGUUUUUCGCAGUUUCUUCUUCGUCUUCUUCGUCACUUCUUGUACAAAAUCAUCGAGACGUCGGAUUGUUUUAAACCUUUGAUUCUAGACGACAGUGAUGUGAAACUUUCUUCUUCUUUUUUUAAAAACAAACCCUCUGCAGCUUCUUCUUCUUUGCUUUCCUCGAGUGACAAAACGCCACGUUUUAUUUUGCGUCACACUUUUUAGUUGUAGGAGGAGUUUGACGUGAGACGGGGACUUUGAGACAUGAAAGUGUCUUUUGUGAGAACAGCCUUCGAAAUAAACUAUUUUGAUAAAGA